AUGUGGACCCUCUGGGCCGCCGUCCGCUGCAGACUUCCUCUUGUCUGUGUGGCCUGCAGUUUCCAUAAGGGGCUUGCGCCAGCCCCUCAGACUUGCCGAAUCCGCGCGCUAUCCACCUUCGGCGGCCAGAGCCCAGACAAGGGCAGGCUGGGAUCUUGGGGAGGAGCGACCGCCAGGAGAGGCAGGAAGGAAGAACAGGAGGAACAGGAUGAAGCAGAAGAGGAGGAGGAGGAUGAAGAGCUGCUGCUGGAAAAAGAGCCUUUGUUGCCCCAAGGGGCCCAGCGUGUGUUUUUGCUUCACCCGGAUGUCAAAUGGGGAGCUAAGAAACAGACAAUGACCCGAGCUGAACUUCAGGUGGCUGAAGCAAAAGCUCUGGUGCAUACCCUGAUGAACUGGUCAGUGGAAGAGACAAUGAUCGUGUCAACAAAAACCCCAGACAAGAAGCUGGUAUUUGGCAAAGGGAAUUUUGAGCUUCUGACAGAAAAAAUUAGAGGAUCACCACAAAUAACUUGUGUCUUCCUGAAUAUAGAAAGAAUGAGUCCAUUGACAAAGAAAGAACUUAAAGCUGCCUGGGGAAUAGAGGUUUUUGAUCGAUUCACAAUUGUUCUUCAUAUUUUUCGCUGUAAUGCUAAGACUAAGGAAGCUAAACUUCAAAUUGCUCUGGCUGAAAUUCCACUUCUCAGGUCAAAUCUGAAAAAUGAGAUUGCUCAAUUAGAUCAGCAAGGUGGUGGCUCUCGUUAUAUCAUGGGAUCAGGAGAAACAUUCAUGCAAAUACAGCAGCGUGUCUUAAAAGAAAAAGAAAUAAAAAUUAAGAAGGCACUAGAGAAGCUCAAGAAAAGAAGACAUCUUCUUAGAAGUCAACGUAAAAAGCGAGAGCUUCCCAUUAUUUCUGUAAUGGGAUACACAAAUUGUGGAAAAACCACUUUAAUAAAAGCUCUGACUGGAGACACAUCAAUUCAACCUCGUGAUCAACUAUUUGCCACUUUGGAUAUUACAGCCCAUUCUGGAUCUUUGCCCUCCCGUAUGAAUGUGGUUUAUGUAGAUACCAUUGGAUUCCUCUCCCAACUUCCUCAUGACCUCAUUGAGUCCUUUUCAGCUACAUUGGAAGAUGUAGCUUAUUCAGAUGUAAUAAUCCAUGUAAGAGACAUCAGUCACCCUGAGACUGACCUCCAGAAAGCAAGUGUUUUGUCUGUUCUAAAGAAUCUGCAUUUGCCAAACCAGUUACUGGAUUCAGUUCUAGAAGUUCAUAACAAGGUGGAUUUAGUGGAACGGUAUGAACCUACAGAGCCAAAUGCUAUAACCAUUUCUGCUCUUUUUGGACAUGGAUUAGAGAAACUAAAAGAAGAAAUAGAAAAUGCAGUUUUGAAAGCAACUGGAAAAAAGCUUCUCACUCUUAAAAUUAAACUGGAAGGCGCUCAGCUAAGCUGGCUAUAUAAAGAAGCAACCGUACAGGAAGUUGAUGUUAUACCUGAGAAUGGAACAGCCAAUGUAAAAGUCAUCAUAAGUAAUUCUGCUUAUGGCAAGUACAGAAAACUCUUCCCAGUAUAAAAAUUUUUUCAUCAUAUCAUGGAACAAUUUGUGUUUUAAGCCUUCUGAGCUAAAGGGAUGCUGCCUAAAUACCAAAAUCGCUACUCCACUCUGCCUCACAUUUAAGAUAUGUUUGCUGCUAUAUAAAGUGACAGUGAUGGCGAGCUCACCUUAAAAAUGGAUGUCAGAUUAUGUUCAUUCUGAGUCUAUAUAGAUAAAAAUUACACUGAAUGAAUCAUCUUUGUUUCCAAAAAUUUUCUAGAUCCUUGAGUGCUGCCUUGCUUUUUGUCUGUAAAUAAAUAUUUAUAUUGUUUUUGAGCUUGUUAAA